AUGAGUCCGGUGGCUUCAACGAGGUGGUGUCCAACGCCGGAGCAACUAAUGAUUUUGGAAGAAAUGUACCGUAGCGGUAUACGGACUCCUAAUGCGGUGCAGAUACAACAAAUCACAGCUCACUUAGCUUUCUAUGGACGUAUAGAAGGCAAAAACGUCUUUUACUGGUUUCAAAACCACAAGGCGAGAGAUAGACAGAAGCUGAGGAAGAAACUCGCUAAGCAACUUCACCAACAACAACAUCAUCAUCUCCAACUUCAGUUCCAACAAAUCCAACCCAAACCAAUAUCGAUGAUGGAAUUGGAGAAGAAUCUCAAACCAAAGUGCUGA